AUGAACUGCGAGGUGAAGCAUGCGCUGCACUGCGCCGUCUUGCUCACCUGGAUCGGAUGCUUCGCCUAUUUUUGCGGUGUGUUCUCGGAGCCAGCCGAAGGCACCGUGCCCGAUAGCCCAUUUGAAAGGUACGGUGUAUUAUGGGCCGGAUUUCUUUAUCUUCUCCGAUUCACCGCCCUCCUCGUUUUGCCACAAUGCCUAUGCAAUCUCUUCGGGCUGCUACUGUUCAACGCAUUUCGGGAAAAUGUACCAUUGAAAGCGGCGCCCCUUUUAUCACCAUUUGUUUGCUUUCGUGUCGUCACCAAGGGAAAUUUUCCGCUUCUCGUUAAGGAGAACAUUGAUAUCAACAUGAAGACGUGCUUCGACGCUGGAAUGGAAAAAUUCAUUUUUGAAGUCGUCACCGACAAAGCGAUCAAUUUGCCGCAGAAUUCGAGGGUUCGAGAAGUUGUUGUGCCGACAUCAUAUAGAACCAAAAGCGGUGCGAAGUUCAAGGCUCGCGCUCUUCAAUAUUGUCUCGAAGACGAUGUCAACAUUCUGCAGCCGACCGAUUGGAUUGUUCAUCUUGAUGAAGAGACGUUACUAACGACUAAUGCUAUUUGCGGAAUUCUAAACUUUUGCGAGGAUGGAAAACAUCAAUUUGGACAAGGUGUCAUCACGUAUGCGAGCGGUGAAAUUGUCAACUGGUUGACGACGCUGAGUGAUUCGUUCAGAGUUGCCGAUGAUAUGGGAAAACUUCGAUUCCAGUUCAAACUGUUCCACAAACCAUUGUUCGGCUGGAAAGGCUCGUAUGUUGUGACACAAGUGGCAGCCGAGCGUGUUGUCUCCUACGAUCAUGGAAUGGAGGGAUCGAUUGCCGAAGACUGCUUCUUCUCGAUGGUGGCGAUGAAGCAUGGAUACUCGUUCGACUUCAUCGAAGGCGAAAUGCACGAGAAGAGCCCGUUCACGAUGUGGGACUUUUUGCAACAGCGCAAACGAUGGCUGCAGGGAAUUCUGUUGACGGUGCACUCGCCGAAAAUCUCGAUAUUCCAUAAAGCGCUUCUCGCGUUGUCGUUGUACGCAUGGGCGACGAUGCCGUUGACGACAUUACAAGUGUUCCUGUGCCCAAUGUUCCCACUUCCCAGGUGUCUACCAUUCGAUUUUCUGCUUUCAUUCGUCGGUGCUGUCAACCUUUACAUGUAUAUUUAUGGUGUCAUCAAAUCAUUUUCGCAUAAAUAUAGGAACAGUGUCUUACGAUUGGCGAUGUAUCUCGCCGGCGCCCUGAUGACCAUUCCGUUCAACAUUCUUAUUGAGAAUGCCGCGGUUCUUGUCGGCAUGUUUGGACGAAAAGAUCAGUUCUACAUUGUCAAUAAGGAUGUGCAGACAGUUUAG